GCGAGUGCAGAUAUUUUUUGACUGAGCAUUUUUACUUUUUUAGCGCCACCAUUUUGCAAAAAAAGUCAUUUAUGACUUGUUGAAUGCGCAAUAACAGUGAACGGUUUUUCAGCAUUCUUAUUGGUGUAAAUAUGUGACGUCAUAGGAACAAAUAAACGUCGGUGUCAGCAACAGAAAUCCCUUGAUCACAGCUGACUCCCCGCGCGCCCCGGCUCCACGGCACGGAAUUUCUGGAUUUCUCAUUCAAUUCUGUGUUAUAUAGGCACACGCAGUUUACGUGUGUAUUUGUCGCAUUAAGUUGGUGAGAUGUUUUAUAAGGGAUGCUCACACCUACAAGAGGCGAUGGCCAAAGGUGAUGUCCUUCGGGACUACCAGUUGAUAAAUUCAUGGUUUGUCAACUGUGUCAGCGCGGAGGCUCGACUGAAAAAGGCCCUGACAUGUGUGUGCCAUGUGUGCCACACAUAUGGCCCUCGACUACAUGCAUGCCUGAGCUGCAUCUACUUUGGGUGUAUGAAGCCCAAACACAUCCACAAACAUGCCAGCGAGAGAAACCACCCACUGGCCCUGGAUUUGACUCACGGCUAUGUGUACUGCUUUGAGUGCGGCGACUACACCUACAACUGGACACUGAGGAAGAUCUGCCGCAGGAACAAGGUGCUGGCGGCAAAGUCACUGGGCAUUCCUGCCGACAACUCGUGGGAGCCGUGCCCUGAGGAGAUCGAGCUGCUCAAGUACCACACCGACCGGCGCAAGGUCACGUCCAACUCCACAAUUGGUCUGCGCGGGAUGAUCAACCUGGGCAACACCUGUUUCAUGUCGACAAUCCUUCAGGCCCUCACACACACGCCCAUGCUGCGGGACUAUUUCCUGGGCGACAAGCAUCUCUGCCUGGCGCCCGAUCCGGACCGCUGCCUGGCCUGCCAGAUCAACAGUCUGUUCCAGCAGCUGUACGGAGGCCAGCGGACAGCCCUGGCGCCCACCCGGCUCCUACACAUGAUCUGGACCAGUGCCAAACAUCUGGCCGGAUACGAACAACAGGACGCCCACGAGUUCUUCAUGGCGAUCCUGGACCUGCUGCACCAGCAGAUGAAGCCCUUCCAGCGGGACCGCACGCCUCAGGAGGGUGGGGGAGGGGGCGGCGGCGGCUCGGCCGGCUGCCGCUGUAUCAUCGACACCAUCUUCACGGGUGGACUGCAGAGUGACGUCGUCUGUCUGAGCUGCAAUAACGUGUCGACGACGAUCGACCCGUUCUGGGACAUAUCGCUGGACCUGGCGCCGCUGGAGCUGAACCAGUCGACACCGACCACGCUGGAGGACUGUCUGGAGCAGUUCACACGACAGGAGCACCUCGGGAGCAGCGCAAAGAUCAAGUGCGUCAGCUGUGACUCGUACCAAGAAUCGACCAAACAGCUGACCAUGAAGGAACUGCCCAUCGUCGCCAGCUUCCAUCUGAAGCGGUUCGAGCACACGAGUCGGCUGCGGAAGAAGAUUUCGACAGUGGUGCGGUUUCCGGAGGAGCUGGACAUGACGCCCUACCUCUCCCGCUGUCGGAACAACAACAACUUCCGCCAGGAGCGCGUCUUCAACAACAACCUGUACUCUCUGUACGCGGUGGUGAACCACAUCGGCACGCUGGAGGCGGGCCACUACAUCGUCUACAUCCGGCAGCACCGUGACAACUGGUUCAAGUGUGACGACCACAUCAUCACACGGGCCACGCUGCGGGACGUGCUCAACAGCGAGGGGUACCUGCUGUUCUAUCACAAGCACCGCCUGGAGUAUAGCUACGAAUGAGCAGACGCACCCCCUCCCCCUCCCCUACAGACCCCUUACCCCCAUCCCGGCCGUCUUUCGCGAAUGGACGGCGUAGCGACUCGAACUUUGUAUAUCAACUGUUCACUGUGGAGGCCAAUCAAAAAUCGUGUCUAUCUAAUUGUACUCUGCGCAUGUUGUGAUUUCUACUUUAUGUGAUACGCUCGCUGGCGAGCUGAGCUUUGGAGAAGUAUGUGACGAGGUAGGUUAUGUAAAAUUCGCCGUUUCAUGUGUGUGUAGGAUGUGGACAAUCUGGGUUAACAGCUGUGACCGCGCUGUGCUAGAGCGGCUCGGAAAAUAUAGGGUUUGGUGUACGGCUUACGGCUCGGUGUGAGUUUACCACAUGUCUCAGGUCGUCCGCGGUGGCGCUGGAUCCGGCUGCCUCCCGCCGCGGAGUGAUGGGGAUUUAGUUGUUCUCGGUCCGCGCCGGGUUUUCGGUCUUCUUCGGUGGGCUGUUUGAGUGUUUCUGCGGACAAUAGCCACUCAAGACCACAUUUCUUCCGCCGUCGAUGUAGCCUGUGCGCGGGAACGGACGAAGACGAUCGUGAGCUGGUGGCGUGACUGGGAAACUGUGAUUCCCUCAGCGGCUGAUAGAUGUCUCUGGGGUACGUGUCGGAAGGGAUCUUCGGUGGCUGUAGUCUUUUCGCCGCGUAGUUUCGGCACCUCGGCCCUGGCGGCUGCAGUGGCGCCGCUCCGCGGCCGGAACCGCAAGCUGUGAUGUGCAGCGUCGCCGGUAGGUGGCAGCGCCGCUCGCUCACUCGGCCGUUGACACGGUCUUUCAGUGUUACUCAUGAACGUAGGUGUAUGCGCGCGCGCGUGUAUGUGUGCGAGUGGUGGCGACUUGUCUCAGUGACGUCAUGUGACAUCACACACGUAUCUCGCCCGUCCACAGUUCGCCAGUCUGGACCAUGCUAGAGCAACUCUGACCUCAUAUCGCGCUGACGUCACUCCAUGUCACGUGACUCCGCCGUGUCAGUCGUGUCGGGUCACUCGGUAAUUUGAUCGGUACAUACUUGCCCACCUCCUGGGUCGCCGGCCGGCCCCCUGACCCCUCGAAAGGGUCCAGAGUCCGGCAGGAACAGUUCCUACUUGGUUGUGCAUGCGUUUUUGUUGCGUCAGGGGUCGCUCCGGCCCUCGGGGAUUAUCUCCAGACCAGUCGACGCCCCGCCCGUGAGAACCUUUGGUACAUUGCAGCGCGAAAUACAUACACGGAGGGAUGC